AUGUUUCUCGUAUCCUGUACAAUUUUUGGUAUAUUCUUAUUUAUUUUGGGUACAUUUGGUAAUGGUUUAUGUAUAUUAGUAUUUCUUCGAAAAAAAUUUCGUUAUCGUAUGAUAACACCAUUUUUUAUUGUUCUAUUAUUAGCUGAAUCAAUUUAUUUACUAUUUCGUUUAAUUAAAUUAUUCUGGUAUUCUCAAACACUUUUUCAACUUAGUAAACAUUCAGAUUGCUCAAAUACAUUUGUGGUACGAGUAUAUCGACAUGCGACACAAACUUGGCCACAACUAUUAGUACCCUUAAUACAUUCAGAAACAUAUAUACGUUUUUCAUUAAUAUUAAUGUGUAUUGUAACUGUACAGCGAACAACAUUAAUUACACGCUCGCUAAAACGUCUUGUUUUACCAGCAUCAUAUAAUGAUACACAUAGCCAUAAAUGGAAAUUUUUAUUAAUCUUAUUAGCAUUUACUAUUGCAUAUUUAUUUGAAUUUGCUGGUUUAACAUUAUUUUGUUCGAAAUCAAUUGAUCCUGAUACAUCAUAUGAAUGGUUUGUGUAUAUGGGUAAAAAUAUGGAAAAUUCAACACAAUCUUUCAUAGAUUCAAUGACUGAUCAACCUGAUUUAAAAUGUGUUAAUCAUAUGUUAACAACAUUUCAAAAUCAGUCAUAUAAUGAAAGUUCAAUUAUAAAUAAUAAUGAAAUAUGUACAAAAGAACAAUUAAUGAAUAUAUUAUCCAAUCAUUUUGAUCAACAUGAAAGAUCAAUUGUUAAAAUAAUACGAAGAAUUUUAAUGAAUCAAACAGGUGAUAUUCCAUCAUUAAAUGAAGUUCGUCGAAAAUUUCAUUUUCAUGAAUGCGUAUUUCCUCAAGAACCAAAUUUUUUUCUUCGACAUUAUAAUUUCAUGUACAAUCGAAUAAUUGGUUUUAAUCGUCGUACAUUACUCUUAGGUAAAACAAUAUUUUUAUCUUCUAUCAGAAAAGAUUACGUAGAUUAUAGAAUAUGA